UCUGUGGCGAAUCAUAGAAAACCACAAAAACCAUGUGUAUGUGUUUUGUGGAAAAUAACAUAACGUGAACAUAACUAUAACAUAACUAAUAUAAAUUGAUAUUUUUCUAUUUUUGUUAGUUGAUAACGUUGAUAAUGAGAUGAUAUUAUGAUAUAGCUAGCAAUAUUUAUGAUUAUUUUAUGGCGCUAGCACGUUUAUAAAUCAAGCAAUAGUGAUACCGCAAUAGUUUUAUAAUAAACAAUCCUUGAUUUCUUUAAAAUUGUGGUAGAAUGAUGGAUUUUGUUAUUGAUACAAUUGGAGAUAGAGAAGAUGAGAUCGCUCAACUUCCACGUUCAAAAGCAUCGCCAGCAAUUUCUGAAUUUUUGCAAUUUAAGCAACAAUUAAUUAACAGUAGCGACUCCUCAACAAAUAAGAGCAUAUUAGAUCCACAAGUUACAUUAAGAGACAUAUUAUUUAGUGAUGGGACAUUGAAAAAUAUUAGAAGCGGCUGUCGAUUACCCAAGAGUUUUCAAAAAAGAACUGAAAAAUUUAUUGAGCAAGAUCUUAUAUCUAAUGAAGUUAAGGAAACUCUUGAGAAAUCUGUAAUAACACCAGAUUUCGAGAACUUACAUACUGUUCCUCCAUAUGAACUGGCAAAGAAGAAACUCCAGCGAGAUAGGAGAAACGAAAAAGAAAAGACCAAAGGGGAAAAAUGGUAUGGAAUGCCUAAAACAGAGAUGACUGAUGAAGUUAAGAGGGAUCUGGAAAUAUUGCAGAUGAGAUCAGUACUAGAUCCCAAGCAUUUCUAUAAAAAGAACGAUCUAAAAGUCUUGCCAAAAUACUUCCAAGUGGGAAAGGUUUUGGAUUCGCCCAUAGAUUUUUAUAACAACCGGUUAACACAGAAAGAGCGCAAAAAGACUCUAGUAGAUGAGCUUCUGGCCGAUGCCGAAUUCCAAAAGUAUAACAAAAGAAAAUAUAAGGAAAUCUUAGAAGAAAAACAAAAAACCCAUUACAAAGCUUGGAGGCAAGCUAAGAAAUUAAAAAAGAAAAAGUAGUACCAAAUAUUUGUGUAAUAUUGUUAUGCAUUAAAGUUAUAUCAUAUCAUAGGCAAAUAGUUUAAAUGGUAAUUACCGUUUAAAUUUUUAUAUUAAUAAAAAUCUAUGAUUAAA